AUGGAGAAUUACGUGGAAGAUGGCAUAAUAGGCAUGGGCUCAUACGGAGUGGUGUACAAAGUCAGGUCUGUGAAAGACGGAAAGGAAUACGCCUUGAAAUGUCACAUGUAUCCUGUACUUGAUGCAACAGUCAGGGAACUGUCAUCUCUAGCAGCACUUCGUGGACAUCAGUUUGUGAUCCAGAUGUUCGAUUGCUUCAUCACUGAUGGCAAAAUUACCACGCUCAUGCCGCUCAUGCCUUACACAUUGCACAUGGCGAUAUACAAUCACCCAGUUCUAGCAAUCCCUUACGGUUUAGAAGGGGGGAUGCCGCUGAGUUUUGUGGCUCGCUUUUCUGUUCAGGUGGCUACCGCUCUCUCUUACAUGCACAGACUGAAUCUAGUGCACAGGGACAUCAAUCCGAGCAAUGUGCUGCUCACGGAAGAUCUCACUGUGAAGGUGUCUGAUAUGGGCCUGGCGAGACAGGUUUCCAAAUGGAUGAGUCCUGAAGUGUGCACGGAGCUAUACAGAGCCCCAGAACUGUUUGCUGAAAUCGUAGGUGAUGGCCAACGUCUGGAGUACACGUGCGCAAUAGACAUGUGGAGUCUAGGGACCAUGAUAGCAGAUGCCGUGGAAGGCACGAUGGUGUUUGGAGCACGCGAAUGCGGAGCUGACUGGCUAGAUACGUGUGACAUUAUCAUUAAAACUUUGUGUCCCAGAAACCACCCUAGCGCAUCACAAGAGCCCUGGGAUCCCGCAUUGGUGAUGCCAAACGUUACAAAACAUGCACUUGUGAAGAGGAUCACCUUCGGCCUACUUGCGUUCAAUGGGAACGAGAGACUGUUAGCCCACGAGUUGUUACUGGACAAGGAAUGGUCGGAAGCCACACAUAUGACUGAGAAAGAGAUCGAUUCAGUCAGAGCCCAUAUUCUUCUAGGUGUACAAAAACAGACUUUGCAAGCAAUAGAAUAG